AUGUCAAUCAACCCUCUUUCAGGUGUCGGCUUCGCAGGCAUGGCGAUCGUCUUCUUCCUCAACUGCUACUACAACGUGAUAAUUGCCUGGAUCCUCUUCUACCUUUUCGCCUCUCUCACCAACCAACUGCCAUGGACGCACUGCAACGAAUGGUGGAACACGCCACAGUGUCAUCUCACAGGCGGCAACUCGUCCGGCGCCAACACCAGCGAGCAAACGAUCUCGUUGUCUGCGAGAGGACAAUCGGCCCGGUUGCUCAAUCAUACCAAGAAUAACGGCAGCCUUGACAAUCUGACUGCAAUGGAAAGGGGCGACUGGUUGGUCGAUCCGGUCAGCGAGUUUUGGGAGUAA